CGGGGUCAGUGAAGAGGAGGAGCAGCUGGCCUCUUCAGACUGUCGUAACUUUUUCUUCUCUUUGUUUCUCCUGCUCUGAUGGAGGAGCCUCCCUUCAGCGCAGCUUAGAGGAGGCUCGAUCAGGACUCAGAUUCUGGACUCGGUUCGGAUCAGAAUCCGGAUCAUGAAGAACUAACUUCCAGGAAAUUUUCUCCGUCUCCAUGGAGAUAAGACAUUUUCCCGCCCUCUAAAGAGUUGAUCACGUGGUGAUCGAGGAUCAAUCAUCUUCAUUGAUACCGUAUUGAUCGGGAUGGGCGCGCUCCCGUUGCUUUUGCUCGUGCUCUGGAUUUGCGAGCACGCCAGAAGCACGUUCCCGAUGCGGGCCUCCUACAGCUUGUACUCCGGCGGGCACGCGCACGGAGCUCGCGCAGCCAGCAGAAACAGGAACUGGUGUGCGUUUGUCCUCACAAAGACAGUGAGCUGUGUGGUGGAGGAUGGAGUAGAAACCUACGUCAAGCCGGAUUACCAUCCAUGCAACUGGGGCAGUGGACAGUGCAGCCGGGUCGUGGUCUACCGGACCUACAUGAGGCCGCGCUAUAAAGUGGCCUACAAAACCGUCACAGAGAUGGAUUGGAAGUGUUGCCACGGUUACAGUGGACAGGACUGCACCAUUGGCCCAGCCGGUGGAGCAGGAGCCCAUGUGUCCAAUGGAGCGGGGACAGGAAGCAGUUUAGGACCCGGACAGAAUGGAGGUCGGCAGGACCGCCAGGAAAUAAGGGAGUUGGAGGAAAAGAUCCGGAGGUUGACGGUGAAGCUGCAGGACUUCCAGUCCACCAUGGAUGAACGCUUCCAGCAGGAGCCUUCAAAGCCAGGGAAACACCCGGCAGACGCUGCUCCGCCGGAGAUGAAAGAGACGAUCCACAGCAUUCAGACCAAGCUGGACCAACUGGACAACCGCACCAAGGCUCACGAUAAAACUCUGGUUAGCAUCAACAACCACCUGGUCAACGGGAAGGAGAAAGAGCUGGAAGGAGAUCAUUCAGGUGGAGCUCUGAAUGGAGAGAAGCUGAACUCCCUGAAGGAGAACAUCCUGAAGGAGCUGGAGAGCAGGGUGCUGCUGUCCUGCUCAACAUGCCAGGUCGGCGUGGAGGAUCUGCGGCGACAGCAGGAGGAAGACCGGGAGAGGAUCCGAGCUCUGGAGAAGCAGCUGAAUGCUGCAGAUGUUCGGUACCGACAGGACCUAGCAAGGCUUCAACAGGAGGUGCAACGCUCGCAGAGAUGCUGUAGCUCCAUCGAUGACCUCCAACGUCGUGUCAGUGAUGCAGAGAACAAAAUCAGUGUAUCGUCUGAGAAUUUAUACAAUCUCCUCAACAGUCUGGACUCCAGUAGAACAGACGGAACAAGCAAUGGGGGGGAAUCGAAAGGAGGGGAACCGGCUGUGGGUGAAGGUACCAGAGAUGGUGGGGUGAAGAAUCUACUGAAGGACCUGGAGCUUCACAUCAACACUGGCGUACAGCAAACUGAGAAGAACUGCUCUUACUUAGAAAAAGACAUGAAGGACUACGUCCACAAACAGGUGGACGACCUGAGGACGGUUUUAUUGGAUCGCUUCGACGACCGGACUUUCAGAAUCCAAGAUGUGGAGUUGGAGGUUGAGCAGGUGCAGAAAGAGAUGUCUGACCACAAUGAGCGGCUCUCUGAGUUGGAGAACAGAACCUCUGCGACGAGUCGCAGGAUAGAGGAGUGUGGCUGUGGAGGUUCUAACGGUGGGGGAGGCCAAGGAGGAGGUGGGGGAGGUGUCACUGGAUCUGGUGGUUCUGGUGGAACUGGGGGAGGUGUCACUGGAUCUGGUGGAACUGGAGGAGGUACCACUGGAUCUGGUGGAACUGGGGGAGGUACCACUGAAUCUGGUGGAACUGGGGGAGGUGUGACUGGAUCUGGUGGAACUGGGGGAGGUGUCACUGGAUCUGGUGGAACUGGGGGAGGUACCACUGGAUCUGGUGGAACUGGGGGAGGUGUCACUGGAUAUGGUGGAACUGGGGGAGGUGUCACUGGAUAUGGUGGAUCUGGUGGAACUGGGGGAGGUGUGACUGGAUCUGGUGGAACUGGGGGAGGUGUCACUGGAUCUGGUGGAACUGGGGGAGGUGUGACUGGAUCUGGUGGAACUGGGGGAGGUGUGACUGGAUCUGGUGGAACUGGGGGAGGUGUCACUGGAUCUGGUGGUUCUGGUGGAACUGGGGGAGGUGUCACUGGAUCUGGUGGAACUGGAGGAGGUACCACUGGAUCUGGUGGAACUGGGGGAGGUACCACUGAAUCUGGUGGAACUGGGGGAGGUGUGACUGGAUCUGGUGGAACUGGGGGAGGUGUCACUGGAUCUGGUGGAACUGGGGGAGGUACCACUGGAUCUGGUGGAACUGGGGGAGGUGUGACUGGAUCUGGUGGAACUGGGGGAGGUGUCACUGGAUCUGGUGGAACUGGGGGAGGUGUGACUGGAUCUGGUGGAACUGGGGGAGGUGUGACUGGAUCUGGUGGAACUGGGGGAGGUGUCACUGGAUCUGGUGGAACUGGGGGAGGUGUGACUGGAUCUGGUGGAACUGGGGGAGGUGUCACUGGAUCUGGUGGAUCUGGUGGAACUGGGGGAGGUGUCACUGGAUCUGGUGGAUCUGGUGGAACUGGGGGAGGUGUGACUGGAUCUGGUGGAACUGGGGGAGGUGUGACUGGACCAGGUGGAACUGGGGGAGGUGUCACUGGAUCUGGUGGAUCUGGUGGAACUGGGGGAGGUGUCACUGGAUCUGGUGGAACUGGGGGAGGUGUCACUGGAUCUGGUGGAGCAGGAGAAUCUGAAGGAGGUGUCAACGGAACACAUGGAGAAGCAGGAGGAGAUGGAGGUAAAAGAGGAGAAUUACCCAAAGAGAGAGACACUAUGACCAAGAAAUCUCUGGAGUGGAGAGUUAUCGCCAACGAGGGUCAGAUUCGACACUUCAACACUCGGCUGAAGGACCUGUCGGUGUCUGGAGACUCUCUGCACGAUAGGGUUCUGGACCUGAGCCAUGACGUCAGAGCCAUCAAGUCUCUGACCGGAGACAACGGGGAGAACUUCAACCGCAUCGUGAUGGAGGUGGAGCUGCUGGGGCAGGACUGUGAGCUCUGUGGGAAGGUGGAGGAGGAGCUGCGAAGGCUGAGGAACGAGUCCCAAGACCUGAGCAGGAUCCAGGAGGAUCUGCAGAACAUGCAGAACCAGAUCCGCUCCAUCCAGACCAGACUGGACUCGGAAGGAGGUGGCUGCGACCGGACCUGCUCGCUGCUGCAGGACGAGGUUCGUGUGCUGCGAGCCGAAGUGAAAAGGUGCAGCGAGCGAUGCGGGACGGGUUCUGAUAGCUUCACAGGUGAUGGUUCCACUGGUACCAGUGACCCUGGUUCUGGUGGAUUUGGCCCCAGCUUGGAUGCAGAGAAGCCUUUAGAUGGUCACAGCGUGAUCGGAGGAUCCUUCAACAACAACCAGCUGAAGUCCCUGCAGGGCGAGCUCACCGAGGUCGUCUUCGCCUUCAGCUCCAUCAACGACACCCUGAAGGGUCUGGAACACACGGUGCAGAAACAUAGCAGCGUCAUAACGGACCUGGGAAACACCAAGGAUAAGAUCAUCUCUGAGCUGGACAAGAUGCAGCAAGAGGUGACGGAACACAUCCAGGAGAGCCUGGGAAACCUGGACAGGAUGGACCGGGAUUUCCGGCGCUUCGAGAACAUGAUGGUGGUAGAGAUGGGGGAAUGUAGGAGGUCCGGAGAAGGACUGGAGAAGAGACUGUCCAAGAUGGAAGGAGUGUGUGGAAGGCUGGACGGCGUCUCUGAAUCCAUCAAUAAGGUUAAAGAAGGAAUGAACCAUCAUGUGUCGGGUUUGUGGACGUACGUUUCUGGUCUGAACCAGUCUGUCAGCCAACAUGGAGGAAUCCUGAACUUUAUUCAGAAGAGCCAGGACGACAUCCACAGCAGGAUGAAGAACCUGAACUCCAGCCUGAACCAGGUGCUGAAGCUCCAGCAGAGCUUCUCUGGCGCCACGGGACCCCCAGGACCUCCAGGAGAAAUAGGCCUCCCUGGGGUGCAGGGCCCCCGGGGGCCCCCCGGACCUCCUGGACUAAAAGGAGAAACUGGCUUCCCAGGUUUGCCAGGUCCUCCUGGAGUUGAUGCCCGCAGACGCAGGCUGUCCUUCUCCGCCGGCCUCACCGCCCCCAAGGAAACCGCAGGAACCGUCGUCUUCAACAAAGUCUUCGUCAACGAGGACGACAUCUACGACCCGGCGACAGGUAUUUUCACCGCCCCUCUAGCUGGUCGCUACUACUUCAGUGCUGUCCUGACGGGCUACAAGAACGAAAAGAUCGAAGCGGUUCUGGCCAAGUCCAACUACAGCGUGGCCCGGGUGGACUCAGGAGGCUAUCAGCCCGAGGACCUGGAGGCCAAGCCGGUGGCCGACUCCAGGACCAGUUCCGGCUCUCUGGCCGUCUUCAGCAUCGUCCUGCAGCUGCAGCGCGGCGACACUGUGUGCAUCGACCUGGUGAGGGGGAAACUCCCUCAGGCUAUGGAGCCCCUCACCAUCUUCAACGGCAUGCUGCUCUACGAAAAACCGUAAGCCUUCAUCUGUCUCUGUGAGGGGGGGGGCGGCGGCCUGGAUGCAGGACAAACCCGCUGGAGGAGGAGGGACUGGACUCAAAGCUGAGAACAUGGAGCAGCUAGAGGGUUUAUUUGUGUCUUACUCUGUCCAAUCAGCACAUCUCAUACGGUCACAUGAUCGGACCCAAUCGCCUCUGAAGCUGAGCUGUAGGAACCGAACCACUUCUGUGCUGAAGAGUUAGAAGAACCACACCCUGACUGCAGCUCCUCGCAACCACAAAAAAACUUUAUUCAGUUAAAUAUUAAAGUUUAAUAUCAUAAACAUCCAGGAUCUGAACCGGUAAUAUGAUGUUUGUCCAGCGGGGGGAGCUAAAGAGCUCAGGACUGAUACAUUCUGACUCCUGUUGGAAAUUUGAUCAGAAGUUUUCUAAAAUAUGUGCCGUUUUCUAUCGAUCUGCCAGAGGAGAAGCAGAUCGGUGCAACUCCUCCAAACCCUGACCCAAGUGUUACCAUGGCAACCUUUAGAACCACAGGCCUUGUUGUUUUUAUUCAUAUAUUCACUCAGAUGAAUAUCAUCAUAAACAGGAAGAAACUUCCGGCUCAAUGAUCCAAGUUUAGCCCGACCAGAACCGCCAGCUUUGGACUCCGUUUAGACUCGUAGUCUGAACAGGUCCUCAAACUUUAAAAAGUUUCCAUGUGAAAAUAUAAACAAGAAAACUAAUUUUUGUUCCCUUUUUGGUAAAAGCUUCCAGAAACACCGUAAAUAUAAGUUUCCAGAAUACUGAAGGGUGACCGGUUCAUUUAGCUACCAUGCAGGGCAGCCAGUCGCGUUUAGAAGCGCUAAUCCUGGAAAUUAGCGAAAUUAGCGGCAUAAAUCUAAUAAAAAGAUCCAGAUUUUAUAGGAAACUCUCUCCUCAAACGGUCUGAUGGUGAUUAGCCAAAUUAAUCAGAAAGUAAAGCUUAAAGCAUCUUGCAUGCUGAUGUGAGUGAAGUGCUAGCGUAGCUUAGCAUGAGUGAUGUGUGAGUAAGAGCCAUCAGCCCUGAAGGAUUCUGCCAGAAAUCAGUACAGCCUUUUUUUCUCUACCAUUAUUGUGAUUUGAUUGUGACUUUUCUUUGCACUAAACACAGUUAGGAAGUGAGACAAACGGCUCAUAGUCCGAGUCGGUGGGAUUUACAGCAAAUAUUCUGGUCCUGUUUCUGUACUCCAGUUUCUCUGAUCUCAGCUGCUUCUGAUUCCUGUCAGAACCACAGGAUCAAACAAUCCAUUAAACAGAACCCGUCUGACAACAUGAAGCAGGCCAAACACUAUCAAACACCAGCAGGUCAUGUGAGAGCCUUUAUCCACGCCCAGAGAACACGCUCAUCAACGGAGAGGCUAACCAACUAAAAUCACUCCAAGAGCUUCCCAACAAUUCAUCCAGGAGGGCACAUCCAGAAACAAACAUAAAGCUCUGCAAGCCUUAUGACAUCAUUAAAGCAUCAGAGGUCAAGGUUCAACCUUAAGGAGAGAAACUGAGCCAUAAUGGUGUCAAACCUGAGAGAGAGGCGGGGCCACGCUGGACAGGCUACCUGCCCAUCGCUGGGCGACGCAGAAACACACUGGACACACAACCAGACGCGCACUCAUAGCCUCGCUAACCUUCGGAGCCCAACAGACGGUGGAAGAAAGCUAGAAAAGCUGGAGAGAACUCGGAUAUUUACUGGGAGAACUGGUGAAAUCCAAGCAGAAACAACCGGGCUGGGCUUUAGAGUUGGAGCUCAUCCUGCUGCAUCUAUGAAGCCGUGGCUUCUGAGAGCCAGAUGAGGGUUCUAGAAUGGCCUACUCACUGUUGCACAACCUCAAUCAGCUCUUUAUGCUCUAUGGUGUGGAAUUCAACUGACACUUUAUUAGAAAACUAAUUUAUACACAGAUAUGUAGAAUUUGAUCAUUGCAAUCAGACAGUUCUAAGUCAGUUAUAUCUAACCAAAGAUUGUCCCUGUUUCUGCAGAGCAGGCAGUUUAGUUUAUGACUCAGCAUGGUUGAAACUUUUUAAUCUAAAGAAACCAGGCUGACUGUAUAGUGCACAGUUAACAUCUGAUGAGAGAGAAACAGGAGCAAACCUCCAGUCAUUUUCUUUGUAUGAGUUUCCAUAAAGAAUAAAAAAUCCUGUCUUUAAAAUAUUUGUGAACUCAAAGUUAAUUCAAAGUAGCAUCGUUUCCAGAAUCAUUAAAUGUUAAACAUAUUUACAUAACCUGCUCAAAGAAUUUAAAUCAAACCAGAUUUACUUUAACCCAACAAGCUGUCACCUGCAAAGCAGGCAGCAUGGACUGUUGGAGGUGGUAUACCUGUGACAUGUUACAUGUAACACCAGUGUGACACAUGCUACAUGUAACACCAGUGUGACACAUGCUACAUGUAACACCAGUGUGACACAUGCUACAUGUAACACCAGUGUGACACAUGCUACAUGUAACACCAGUGUGACACAUGCUACAUGUAACACCAGUGUGACACAUGCUACAUGUAACACCAGUGUGACACAUGUUACAUGUAACACCAGUGUGACACAUGCUACAUGUAACACCAGUGUGACACAUGUUACAUGUAACACCAGUGUGACACAUGCUACAUGUAACACCAGUGUGACACAUGCUACAUGUAACACCAGUGUGACACAUGUUACAUGUAACACCAGUGUGACACAUGCUACAUGUAACACCAGUGUGACACAUGUUACAUGUAACACCAGUGUGACACAUGCUACAUGUAACACCAGUGUGACACAUGCUACAUGUAACACCAGUGUGACACAUGUUACAUGUAACACCAGUGUGACACAUGCUACAUGUAACACCAGUGUGACACAUGCUACAUGUAACACCAGUGUGACACAUGCUACAUGUAACACCAGUGUGACACAUGCUACAUGUAACACCAGUGUGACACAUGCUACAUGUAACACCAGUGUGACACAUGCUACAUGUAACACCAGUGUGACACAUGCUACAUGUAACACCAGUGUGACACAUGCUACAUGUAACACCAGUGUGACACAUGCUACAUGUAACACCAGUGUGACACAUGCUACAUGUAACACCAGUGUGACACAUGCUACAUGUAACACCAGUGUGACACAUGCUACAUGUAACACCAGUGUGACACAUGCUACAUGUGACACCAGUGUGACACAUGCUACAUGUGACACCAGUGUAACACAUGCUACAUGUAACGUGUUAUGCGAGAUAUGCCACAUGUAACACGUGUGAGCAAUGUGCUACAUGUACCACAAAUGUAACAUGUAUAACAGGUGUAACAGGACACGUGUAACAUCUAUUGUAAGUUAUCUGGCUUUUUCGAAUGAAAUGUUAGGAGUUGUUUUGAAGUUUGUGCCUUAUGGUUUAAGCUGUGAUCUGACGAUGUAACAGAAAUAUAUUUACUAUAAUCUCUAUGAACACAUGAAGCGUCCCGUAAAUCUGAAAAGGACGGACAGUUUGCACGUCUCAGCAGGAAGUGAUGUUUGCUUUUUGGAGAAGUGUUGUGAAAACGGUGCUUAAAGUAUUUUACUUUUGGUCCGUUUCCAUCAGUGAACUGCUGAUGGACUCGUAUGUAAAACCAAGUCUCUUCCUCGGGCCUGAAGCAGCAUGAAGUUCACGCUUUCUUUACUCAGGAUUGUACAGGACUUUUCUGUGUUCGUUUUUGCUUCACAUUUCUGUAACAAAAAUCUGUACAGCUAACAAAUAUUUCUGACACUGACAGUUGCUUUUUUAAAGCUCAUUAAAUGUACUAUAAACUGUAAAUGUUUUGUUUUAUGUCGUCUUAAUUCAUCCCAAACGCUGACAGCCUCUGACAGGGAACCAAAUCUUCAUCAGUUUAUUGAUCAGUUCUUCUGUUUUUUAUGAGACAAAGUGAGGCUUUUAUAUUCAGCUAUAUUUAUCUGAACAUCCUGGUGCAAAGUUAUAAUUUCUUUUAAUUUAUUUAAAGUCAAAAUGAUAGAAACAAAUAAACAGGAACUGUCUUAAACAGGUGAAACCUAUAUGUAAUUUCUAUAGUUGUAUCUGCAAUACUUAAUUCCUCCACCAAGUCACAUGGGAGCUGAGUAACUGAAACAUUGUCUGGAUGUUUUGUUUGUAAAGUUAUCAAAAUGCAAGAAAAUAAAUCUGUUAUAUUGUG